AUGGCGGCUGCUGAUAUUUACGCAAGAGUGCAUGGAGUUUGCUUUGGUCCUGAUCCACAGCGUGAUGUCAUCGAUUUCAUGCAGCGUCGAGGACUUAUUUCAAGGCAAGAACAAUGCAACAACUGUCAUGGUGUGGCCAUGGCAAUAAAAUCGUUUAAAAGAUGCAAGGACGGUUAUAUUUGGAGAUGUCCUGAAAAAAACUGCAGAAUGCAACGUUCAGUUCGAUGUGAUUCAUUUUUUCAACAAUCAAAUGUUCCUUUGACAACUUGGUUACUUGUAAUCUACCACUGGUGUUUUGAGACACCUGUGUCUCAAAUGAAGGAUCUUUGUAAAGUAUCUCUAGUCACUGGCAUCCAGAUGUACCAGUACCUAAGAGAUGUGUGCUCGUGGAAACCCCAACAAAAUGUUAUUAGACUUGGUGGCAUUGGUCCAGUUCAGUCCAACGUUGUUGAAAUAGACGAAUCCUGUUUUUCCCACAAACCGAAGCAUCACAGAGGAAGAGCACCACGUGACCCAGUGUGGGUUUUUGGAAUUGUUGAUGUAACACAGCAGCCAGCACUGGGUUACAUGGAAAUAGUUCCAAGAAGAGAUGCUGCGACACUUUUACGGAUCGUAGCACAACACGUACUGCCUGGCACAAUAGUACAUUCUGACGAAUGGAGAGCGUACAAUCGGAUUAACACACUCCCCCUGGUGGCAGCUCACAGGACAGUUAACCACUCUUUAAAUUUUGUGGACCCUGGCACUGGAGUACACACUCAACAUAUUGAAUCAUAUUGGAAUCGAGAGAAAACAAAACUGAAAAAAUGA